AUGGCUUCUGCUAUAGUGCCUUCAGCAGGUUCAAAACAUAUUGCCACAGGUUGCUACAGCCGUCGCGCUCCUCCAUUUCUAAGUCCUAGUACCACUGAUGCUGAUGCUCCUGAGGGAAAGGUGACACAGCUGGAAGAACCCAAAGUGUGUGGUGAAGUUGACUACUUCUUUGGAUAUGAUGCUCACAAGACUUUUACAUUGAACACAAUCUCACGCCCAAUCAAUGUUCAAGAUGCUUCAAAGGGCUGGCAUUGCCUGGAAACAAAAAGUCUACAGAGACUCCCACGUCAAUGUCGAGGUCUGGCCUUUAUGUUCCGGGACAACCACAGAUCUACCAGCUGGAAACUGGGAUUUAUUUUGAAGCUGAAGUCUGACCAAAACAGACUAUGGUACACAAGAAUACUUGAGGAUGGAUCCAUCUCAGAUGCACAAUCACUUGCUGCUGAAGAGCUAUUAUUGGGUGACAAUAUUCGAUUUGUCAAUGUCUACACUGUGGGACUGAGGACCUGUAGUCAACCAGACUUUGACUCCUGCUGCAUUGUCUCUGCUGAUGGGUACCUUGAAGUUCGAACGCAACCAACGAUCCUCUACUACAAGAAUGAUGCUAAGAACUUGUUUGAACCCUCUCAGACUAGGCUGAGCAAUAAGCGCAGUAAUCUGCACAAGAGAUUACGAGUUUCACAGGUGCAAACAACACUGAAGAAACAGCAGCGAACCAACAAGAAAUUGAAAGAAAGCAAGGAACAUAAACAAGAACCCAAAACUGGAGCUACGCAGAACAUAAUCACAAUAUUUUCAAGGGCUUCAAGGGUUCCAAGUGGGAUGGAUGCUGUUGAAGGUUCAAAUUUGAAGAAGCUCCUGAUAGCAAAUCCAAACAGGAAGGGUCGCAAAAGGAAAUCUUUAAUCCCCAGAGUAUUGUACCUCACAGAAACAGAGCAUUAUGUGAUUGCUCCAGGUAUAAUUGGCAAGGAGCUUAACAACCAGACUGCCAAGAAGAUUUCUGAAAAGCUGAAACAAACCGGGAAGCUGUCUCUGAAGAAGGGGUCAUAUCAAUGCAUCUACUUGAUGGAAGUAAGUACAACAAAACCUCUAAGGUUCAGUAUUGUUGAUGAUGCCACUUUUGAUUGUCUCUGCCAAGAGGGCCAACCAGAGCAGUGCUUCAAGGCUGGUGAGAAUGAAUAUCUUUGGAGGUAUGACCAACGGAGCAGCCUGGAUGUUGAAGGUGCAAUUGUCUCAUGGUGGUCACAGGAAGGGAACCUUCACAAGUUUUCAAAAGACCAUGUUGUCCAAAUCCAGAGUGCAGUUGGGACUGGCUUUGGGUCGCGCAUCAGUGCCUUUUGCACUGGAUUGAAUGCAUACUUUGGUCCAAGGUGUAGUGAUCGACCAAAGAGGAACCCUGGCAUCCUUUCCAAGGAUAAUAUUUGUUCCCAAGACUUUCAACGCAAGUCUUGGCAUUCCAGUAACCUCCUGCUCAGCAGGAUAGCAAUUGAACAAGCUGGAACUCAGAUUCAGGACAUUGCUGCUAGACUGAACCCUCUGUACAUGACCUUUACUGGUCGCAGUGUUAGCAAGAGAAACAUUUUCACAUCUGGCCUCUCAUCAGGGAUUGAUGCAGCCAGAUACCUGCCCAUUGGAUUCUCAAACUUCCCUCAUGUGGAUAGUUGUGACAUUAUCCAUUCCAAGGCAGUUCAAUACUUCAGAGAUCGUUUUCUGCAUAAACUCCAAGGCCACAAGUAUUCAAAGGCUGCUUUUGAAAAUGGAAUAGCCACAUUGGAUGUGGUUCAAAACAAUACUGGUGGUCUGGGAGUACCAACAACAUGUGGCCACCAGGUUUUCAAGGGAGAUGUGGUGGGGGACUUUAUGGAAUUAGAAGCUAGAUUUGGUAUGAUGGAUUUCUCGAUGAAAAUAACUACAAAUACAGUUCAUCAUUUCUAUGGCUGGGCCUUUCGUCAUGCCACUCUGGUUCCCUUCUGGAGGAAUCAUCCAAAUGAUCCAAAUGGCACUGUCCGAUACUGCAACAGUGCAAAUGAAGCUGAAGAUAUUAUUGUGGUGGCUUGGGGCAAG